UAUCUGGUCUGGUGAGCAAGCUAAACUUGAACAUGUCAUGAGAAGAGCAUUUUCCAAUCCACGUAGCAACUAUAAAUUAAGACAAUAACCAAAGAAGAGUGUCUCUCUCGAUAGAUCAACUUGAAAACAAUAGAGGCAGAAUGAAGCCAUAGGCAGCAAGAAUCAAGAGUUUGUCAAAGUGAAAUAAAUAAAAGAAGGAAGGAAGGAGACGGAUGAACGAGUAAGCAAGCGGGCGCGGGAUACAUGUGCGCGCACGAUCGAGACCGGAGGGGCGCGAUAGAGCGAGAGAGAGAGAGAGAGAGAGAGAGGCAAAGCCGGUGUAGCUGCUAGGGCUUCAGCCAGUGGCAGUCAGUCAGUUGGAGCGCAGAGCGGCGAACGCACGCUCCCUGUAGCUUUCUCACUCUCACUUUGUACUCGCUGUGUCUCUUACCCAGCCAGCCGAAGGAUCAACAAGCAGCAGCAUAUGCGCUGCUUUGGCCUCCAGCCAGACACCUAUAGAGCCCAGCUAUAAAAGCCGGCCGGCGAAGGAACUUCAGCUCCAGUGGACCAUGACAAGCGGUCAAGCGCAAAACGCACCGGUCUAAGCUAUCAGCUGAUAUCUGUACGAGCGUCAGGACUCCAGUGCUGGAUUAAUCGGAAGCACACACGCGCGCGCGCAUUGCGUUGAUGCAGCGCUCGAUGUGCGGCGCCGCAACUGGGCCGCCCAUGAUCGCUCGGUAAAACGAGCUCGACGAGAGCGUGGCUUUUCUCUUAUUUUCUGUCUGUGCGCGAGUGUGACAGUCCCUCUCGUACUUACGCCAAGCCAUCCACGGACUUCACGUGCGCUACCACCCACACACCCACAAAACAACGUGAGUCUCCGAUCUUUCCUUUAAGCGAAAGAUCACAUCCAAUCUUUCUCCCUUCAUGAAAGAUGGAGCGGCGACAAGCAAGGAGCUGCCUGCUGUCGUUAUUGGUGAUCGCGUGCUGCACGUCGAUCCUGGCCGCCCAAGCGGGCGAUCGGCGGUCCAGCUACCGAAGCAGCGGCGACGAGGUCCAAAGGCAAUCUAGUCAGCAGCAGCGGCAGCUGCAGAGAAUUCGCUCACCUCGGCGACUGGGCAGUCGGCACAACGAACUGGCGACGACCGAGUCGUCGCGAAGGACGACGCAGCAGCACGCGCUGAUCGCUGGCCACUUGCGGACUGAGAGCGUCAACUUGAACGCCAAGCAGCAAGAUCUGGCGCUCGAAGACGGGCUACUUCUCUCGUCCGCGGGCGGCGGCAAAGACAGCAGAAAGUCCAGCGCGAGCGGCAGCGAGGACGACGACAAGAAGACGCUCGCGCAGCAGGUGAAGGAGGGCAAGUACGGCCUGCUGCAGAACGAGCUGUUCGCCAAAGGGCCCAAGCGGCCCGGCAUCCUCAGCUACUCCUCCAACUCGGAGGUGCCACGCGACAACCUGAAGAAUCUCGGCGGUCUGGACGAGGACGAGAUAUGGCUGGCGGAGAACCACCUACUCGUGCUCAAAGGCGGCAACUUCCACGAUGCCGACGCGACCACGGAGCUGCAAGCGAGCGACGUCAGCUGGCCGCCCAUCGACGACUACAGUGCUCCGCGGCGCCAGGUGAAGAUACCGCCGCGACCCAAAGUGCCGCCGCCGUUCCCCGUGCAGCUGACCGAGGACGGCCCCGUGCAGCUGCUCGGCAGCAACGGCACCAGCUUCGUCGCCGAGAACGACACCAUCGACUUCGAGGCACUGCCUGGCGGCUUCAAGGGCUUCCUGCCCGGCGAGGGGCCCUACUUUUCCCUGCCGACCAGCAACGCCAGCAGCGGCAGCCUUGCCGCACUGGAGAAGCGCCACAAGGCGGAGGGCUCGCCGGGCCCAUUUUAUCCGGCCUUGCCGCCAGGCGCGGUGAUAGUCCCGCCGCCAAGCAACCAGACCGACUACGACGAGGACCAGUCAAUCUACUACCCGCCGCCCUACAGCUUCGUUUACUCGCAGGACAACUCGACGGACAUACCGCCGGGCCCGCUCGUGCCCGGCAUCAUCCUACCUCCUCCGCCCGACUUCUUCUCGUCGCUCAAUGACGCGAAGGCAAGCAGCGCCAGCGCCAAAGACAAGCAGUCGGCGCCGGGCAAGCAGCAACGCCCGAGCAGCACGACCACCCCUCUACCGACCGCCAGACCCUCGUCCUUGCCGCCCCCGAGGAAGUUCAGCACCAAACUAUACAAGACGCCGUCCGUCACGGCUCGGCCCGUCGGCUUCAAAUCGGCCUCUUACAGCCCCAAGCCGCUCAACCGGGCCAAAGCGAAGAACGGCAGCAGCAGCAGCAGCAGCGGCGGUGGCGGCGGCGGCGGCGGCGGCGGCGGCCUCUUCCAGCGCUACCAGCACGCGAGCAAGACGAGCGCAGCACCGCCGACCUACAAGGCGCUGCCGUUCGUCGAACUCACCACGCCGCUGCCCGCCAAGUCCACCACCCUUGAGAGUCCGGAGCGAUUCCACAUUGAACCGAUCCUCGGCAACCAGGUGACCGAGACGAGCACGCAGAAGCCGUGGAAGGCCGCAGUCAGCAGCAAAGCCGUGCCGCUGCUCACGUUCUACGCGUCGACCACGCCGACAUCACUGGACCAGCCGGUCGAGACGACCCCGUCGGCCGUCAACAACGUCGGCCUGACCACCGAGGAUCCCGGUGCGAGCUACCCUAGCCAGGCGUCCUACUACUUCUACGAGGAGGCGAGCAACGACGAGCAGGCGCCCUGCUCCACUCCCGCUCCCGUUCUGUUCUUCAGCACGACUGCCGAGACGCCGCCGUACUACAACGUUCAGAUAGCCGAGCAGCCCGAACAGCCCGAUCAGCCCGAGCGGCCCGAUCGCGAGAGGAAGGACUACUACGACGUCGAGAUGAUCCCCUCGCGACAGACCUCCAAGGACUUGAACGUCAAGCUGAUCGACUCGAUCGCCGAGCAGCCGCAGAUCUACAAGUACAUCGGCUCCGGAGCGACGAACAGCCGCGAGAAAUUCGAGAGCCCGCCCAUCAGAAGCCAGAGCCCGAGGAUGCUACACUCCGAGCCACUGUACUAUCAGCCCGUGCCGACGAGAUCCUCGCCGAGAUUGAGCUACUUCAGCACGCCCAAACCCAAGAGCUACUACGACCGAGCCAAGAUCGGCGAGAGCCUGUUCAGCGGCAAGUCCAAGCCCAUCUACCAGUAUAGCUUCGAGGCAACCAACUACAAGCGCAACGAGCAGCCCAAGAUCCGCGAGCCGGCCAGAAUCUACCAGCAGCAACCCGAGCCAGCGCAGAUCCCGACGCCACGGCGCCAAAAGGAGCUGUCGCUGUUCAACGAGUACCACGACAUACAGAGCGUGAGCGGCGCCGACCAGUACGGCGACUACGAGGGUGGCGAGGCGGUGGCCGAUCAGCGACUGCGCGCCGACAAGCUGCCCUACCUCGGCAACAAGAAGAAGGAGCGAGCCUACUACCCGCAGUCGACGACUGCCGUGCCCGUGCGCGCGACCACCCUGGCCGGCCACCAGCAGUACUUCACCAAGCAGGACGAGCAGCUGCUCGACGACGUCACUAGGGAGUACUUCACCAUGUUCGGCAAGAAGCUGUCGGGCAAGCUGCCCAGCACCACGCCCAUCUACGGCAAGUCGAGCGUCAGCACGGAGCGCCCGGCUGUCUACAACGCUAACAGCUACGCGGCUCAGCAGCCGCCUGCCGGCGCCUUCCGCGCGGCCAACAUCAAGGUGCACUACGGCGACGCCACCCCGGGGCCGUUUUCCCUCAAGGACGACGCGCUGGUCAACUACAAGAAGCCGCUGCCGAGCAGCAGCCCCGACGCCGAGUUCGUGUCCGCGGUGCGCACGCCCAGGCCGAGCUCGCUCCACGGCAGGUACCGAGCGCCCGCACCACCGGCCAGACCCAGACCGGCGCUACCUCACCUCACGGACUAUACGGCGCCUUUCGUCGGCGCCCAGCCCGCCAUCUCGCUCGCAGACGACGUCGUUGUCAAUUACAAGCCGCAGAGGCCGCCCGUUAAUCCCGACGCCGAGUUCAUCUCGCCCGUGGCGGCGGCGGCCAACGUCGACAAGCCCAACUCGUACUUUGCCUACCGGCUGCCCGGCGACGGCGGUCACUUUUACUUCCUCACGCCCCAGGCGAUCGACCGGCAGCAGCCCAGCAGUUACCUCUACUCUAGGCCGAGCAGGGCCUCCUGGCCUCUGCCACGCAGCAGACGUGUCCGCGACGCCGACUGAACUGCUUUCGAUCGCGCACUUGCAUCUUUCUCCAGGAGAUUGGAUCGAGUUUUAUCCUACGACUAGACGUCUUCGCUGUUCUUCGUAUUCAUUGCGCACUCGUAAAUUUGCCGAAAGUCGGCGCGAGAGCUCGUCGUAGAAAUAAAGUAUACGCUAAGAGUGUGCUGUAAGCUUUAAACUCAUCCUGCGAUAGGGCAGAUAUGUCGGAUGCCAUAUAUUAUCAAAUUUCUAAGUUCGGAAGAAAUGGGUGUCGUAUGUUUUUUCCAUAAUUGUACCGUGAUGUCGCGCGCGCGAGAGAGAGAGAGAGAGAGAGAGAAAAGUACAGAGCGGUUAAUAGAUUAUUUAUUGCUUGUACAUACAUUGUUUACUAAGUUAAUAAUUAUUAUUAUUAUUUGUAAUUAAUAUCUCGAUUAUGCGUAUACGCGUUUAAUUUAACGAUUCGUUUGUGAGUAGAAGUGAUCUUUCGUUUAUUGCGCCUUGUCUGUGAUUAAUGUUUGAAGUGUAUAUAUAUACCUAUCCAAGCUAAUUCACUUUUUUUGUAAGUCAUAGUGGUCUACCGCAAGAAAACUAUCGCUCUCAAUGAAUGCAUGCAGUUUGCCACGUGUCAUUUUUGCACUUAUUCGGAUUUUUAACGCGUUGUUUUAGCCUUAGUUUCCAAACUACAUGCACUACACAAGCUGCAUAAGGUAAUGCAUGAAUCACAAAGAAUCUUUUUAACGAAAUAUCCAUGUAUCGUCGGACCGAUCGAUCUGAUCGAUCGCUUGCACGUCUCACUCGAUAGAUUUUAGAUUUAAGUUGUUAAGUUGUACCGAGCAUAAAUGUUUAACGAAAUAGACUAAGAACAAAAAACCCUAUUCUUCGUAUUCCUAUUUCUCUAUAUGUAAACGUCAACGUCGAAUAUUAUCGUAAUGGAGCUUUGUCUUUAUACCUCAAGAUUACAUGUUUAUAUAGGAAUGAUAAUAAUGAAUAAAUAAACGAAUAAAAACAUUA